UUUGCAAAUUUUGGUUGUGUAUUUCCGUUGAAUGAAUCUACUUCCUUUUGUUUUGAGCCGUACGGUGAAAGAUUGAAGAUGGGUCGCCGACCAGCUAGGUGUUACCGUUAUUGUAAGAACAAGCCGUACCCAAAGUCGCGUUUCUGUCGUGGUGUACCCGACCCAAAGAUUCGCAUCUUCGAUUUGGGCAGAAAGAAGGCGACCGUUGAGGAUUUCCCGCUAUGCGUCCAUUUGGUGUCCGAUGAAUACGAACAGUUGAGCAGCGAAGCCUUGGAAGCUGGACGCAUUUGCUGCAACAAGUAUCUGGUGAAGUUCUGUGGCAAGGAUCAGUUCCACAUCCGAAUGCGUUUGCAUCCAUUCCACGUCAUUCGCAUCAACAAAAUGUUGUCGUGCGCCGGAGCCGAUAGGCUUCAGACUGGAAUGAGAGGUGCUUUUGGAAAGCCGCAGGGAACCGUUGCUCGCGUUCGCAUUGGACAGCCCAUUAUGUCUGUGCGUUCCAGUGACCGAUACAAGGCUCAAGUCAUCGAAGCCCUGCGUCGUGCCAAGUUCAAGUUCCCAGGUCGCCAGAAGAUCUACGUGUCGAAGAAGUGGGGUUUCACCAAGUACGAACGGGAGCGCUACGAGGAACUGCGCGAUGACAAUCGCCUCGAGCACGAUGGAUGCAAUGUCAAAUACCGACGAGAGCACGGACCAAUGGCUGCCUGGGAGAAGGCUCAGCGUGACGUUCAUGCAUAAAAAGUAAACUUUGGGAUUUGAAUAAAUAAAUGCACUGGUUAAUUUUCCAGACAGCAUUAA